ACAAGCGCCAUUGAAAAGCUCCUUCGAACUUAACGUUCGAAUCCACGCCUCACGGCCAGCGUCUAAUGCUUUUGUUUACCUGCUUCCUCUGGACUUCCGCUCCUCAAUUUCAUAAAAACCCUUCCAUCCGAUUCUUCAUUGUUUCCCUAUAAAGUAAAAUUAAGUGUUCUUCGAUCUUACUUCUCUGUUGUGUCACGCAUGGCGGCUCCUCCUUGCAAUGAGGAUCAAGGUGACUACAACAUUUCAGUUGUUUCUAAAAGAGGGGAUACGAAUCAGCAGUGCCCUUCAAAAUUUUCUUUCUUGAGCUUCUUAGAAGUUCCCUAUACAUCUGAAAGUGAAUCAAGCUUGGAUAAUGAUUGGAAUAGCAUGAACUGUGUUGGUUUUGAGAUGGAAAGUGCAGCUAGAUGUUCCUCAUGCAGUGUGAAUAUAGAUAUUACAGAGGAAAUCUUGGGAAUACCUAAAACCAAAGAACAAAGUGAUCAUUGUUCAGUAAAACCUGAGAGUUCUCAAACUAGGGCAUCCCAGAGAAAGAUUGGCAUACAAAUAGGUGGCAAGAUCAUGCAGCUUUUACUGAAUCAAAGCCUAAUUUUACUGCAGUCCUCUUUAAGAGCAGACAAAUCAGUGACCGAGGGAGCUCAUGAUACACCUAGUAGCAGAUGGCGGAGAUAUAAACGUGCUGCCUCACUAGAUUCAAGAAAAGUUGUUAUUUUUUUCUCAGUACUGUCAAGCAUGGGAACACUGUUAUUGAUAUACUUGACACUUAGGGUGAAACAGAUUGCUGAUGGGGUAGUUCAUGCCUAGUGGUGACACUUGGAGUGAAACAGAUUGGUAAUGAGCUAGUUCAUGCCUAGUGUGGGUGCUCCAUGUUUUGUUUCUCGUGGUUGUUGGUAUAGUCUCUCCCUCUCCCUCUCUCUCACACGCACAUUGGCAGUUAAUGUACAUAUGCCCACAUUCAAGUUAGUGUCCUCUUUUCUGCAACUCUUGAUUUUCUGUCAUUUCCUGGACCUUGUUUAUUAUGGUACUAUCUGUUGAUUCUAUUGCUUGUGGUCUGUUGAGGCUCAGGAAAAUGGAAAGGAAAAUACUGUUUUU